AUGGCAUCCGGCGUCCGGCAGAACGCCAACAACGUGCUUCCGUCUUACGAGUCAGUCCCUCUCGAACCUGCGAGCCGCAGCAGUAGCAAGAGACAACGCAGGCAGACUAGAGAGUCCAGAGAGUCCAGAGAACCGAGACACUCGAGCGAGACAACAUUCAGCCCGGCUGAGGCGACCUCGACAACGCCUCCCAGCAGACCGCCUGCCCGGUUGGCCUUUGUGCUUGUCUGCGCGAUCUCACUGCUGGUCCUCUUCGCCCUCCUUGCCCGGCUUCUUCUGAUAACGAUUCCCGACCAAGUAUCUGUUUCCGCUGUCACAGCCAAGGUGACGACCACUUCUGGACAUUUGUGA